AUGAGCUACAUCAGCUUCAACGAAGUUUACGACCUUACCAUGGCCCUAUAAAUGCCAAUCUCAUCCCCAUACAACAGAAAGACCUUAAUUGAGAGUGAUGAACAAGUCCUUGCUUUUAGUUAGUUCAUCAAAUCUCAACAAGAUGCGAUCGAAGAGAAGAGAAUGUAUUAGGAAAGUCUUGAACAAGAAGGGGAACUCGACUAAGAACUAGUCAUUGGAGUAGACUGUGAAGGGAUAUCCCGUCAUAAAAAUCUCGCCCUUAUCUAGGUAAUAUAACCCCUGAAAAGUAACUUAACUUAGGUUGGAGUGUCUAAUAGAUGCUUUUUGUUUGACUUAACUAAAUUGAAUUCAUUCCCAAAGGUACUUAAAUAAGUGCUUGAAGACCCAAACAUCGUCAAAGUUUUCCAUGAUUUUUGCGAAGAUACAAGUGCGCUUGUUCGCCAAUACAAUGUGCAUUGUGACUGCGUCUUUGACACCUAGAUAGCUCACAGGCUAUUAAAUAAGGACUCGGAUGAACCUAAGGAUCAGAACAUUAACCUUAACUCUCUCCUAAAGUAAUAUCUAAAAGUUGAGAAUGAUCAGAAAGACGUCAUGGUAAACAUGAUGAAAGCUGACCCAGAAUUGUGGUGGAAGAGACCUCUUAGCCAUGAAAUGCAGGAAUACGCUUCUUAGGAUGUUCUCUAUUUACCAAGAGUUUAUGAAGCAAUGAAAAACUUAAUUGGCUUGUAAGAAAAGAAGCUUUCUCAAAUAAGAAAUAACAACCUUAAGAAUUCAAAAUAAUAAGUUGACGUAACCAUUUCUCAAAAGGAUAUUCAAAGCCUGACAGACUCUUCUUCUUCUUCGGAUUAAGAUGAUGUCUCAGUUUCUACUCACUACAGUUCAUCAACUUCAAAUAGAUCCUAGUUUGGCGCCUAACCAAAGAACUGGCCUAACUUUAGCGGCGAAAUAUUUGAGAAGACCUAACUCUGUCAAAGAUACGCGUAUCUUAACAGAAAUUUCCCUUCCUAAUUUAUUUUACAUGAAGGAGUUCAGAUAAAAGCCUUUGUUAAGUAAGAUUUCAUGCUUAAUCAACUUUUUAGAAACUUCCAGCCAUUUGGAGUCUUCUGCAGUUUGAAUCUUGGAGUUUCAGGACUGAUCAAAGACUCAGAGUCAUUAGAUUUUAUGAAUAAAAACUAUAAGAUUGGUGACAUAAUCGAUGUUGAAGUCACUGAAGAGUUCGACUCUUCAUUCGAUUUUGACACACACAGGCCUGUAGUUUAAAUUUAGCUUCCAUCAAGCUAAAUAAAGCCAAUAUUCUAGAGCCAUUUUUUGAGUUGCCUUGCCGCCUCGAAUGACUACUUUGGACAACAACCCUUCAGAUUUUCAUUUAACUCUGAUUUUUCCUUUCAGCCUUAGUAGAAACAAUCUAGUGAGGGUUUCUACUUUGGUAUAGACUCAUCGAAUUUGCUUACUACCCACAAAACUGAGUAUAAACUUCCCGUUUCAGCUUACCAGAGAGGCGGGAAUAAUUACUUCUCAGGACAAUAUUAAAAUAUUGGGUCUACCACAAACGGGUAGUACUAGCAAGUUCCCUACUAAAAGAGAAAUAGUCAUUUACUCUCGUUUAACGAUUAAUAAUCUCAUGCCUCUUCUUUAUAAAAAGAUAAGAAGCCUUAUUACGACAAGAGAAAUAGAGUUCCAGCAGCCAAGAAAAGUUUCAAGCAUGAAGAAUUUGGUAUAUAGACUACUUCUAACUAUGAAGAUCAAAAUAAGAUGGGUACUCCUCCACUUCAAGCUAAUAGAUAAAUAAACCCAGUAAGAACUCUUUUAAUUUUAUAAUUUUAUAGGAAAAUUCUUGGAGGAAGAAAACUAACUAAUGGUGAGUACCUCUUCUAGAAUGCUGUUGCUUUGUAUAUGUAUAGUCCCUCAUUUUAAGUCCUUAAGUUCUCUCUGUAAAUUUAAUUGACUGUUAUGGUCAUGAGACUAAAUUUGCUAAGACUUUUUUAAUUAAUAUAUAUCUAAAUAAUACAAACUCAAAUUUUCCCCGUGCCCCCGAAGGAAGAGGAUGCUUUGGUGAAUUAACAACAAAAUUUUCAUUGA